AUCAUUGGUUCAGGUAUAAGUAAAGCAAUUUUUUUUUUAAUUCUUCAUGUCUAAACAUUACAAUGGUCAUUUACAAUGUGGUGUAAAGAGAAAAGACUACAGGGGUUCUGUAUCAUAGCUGAACCUGCGCUCAGGCCCAAUCCUCUGAAGUUGGGACAUGCAAAGAAACAAUGUCACUGUGUAACCCUAUUCUAUUCUCACUCACUCACUCAUUUUCUACCGCUUUAUCCGAACUAAUCGGGUCACGGGGAGCCUGUGCCUAUCCCAGGCGUCAUCGGGCAUCAAGGCAGGAUACACCCUGGACGGAGUGCCAACCCAUCGCAGGGCACACCUAUUCUAUUCUGUUCCAUUCUAUUCUAUUCUAUUCUAUUCUAUUCUAUUCUAUUCUAUUCUAUGUAGUGACAACUAUUCACUUUGGGACAGUCUUUAUAUGGACAGGGCCGCACCCUUAAUCUAAUGACCGAAAAGCCAUGUGCAGUUCAAAUAGUACAUUAAGGCAUCUGAUUGGUCCAAUCUUGGACGGAUAAAGUUGUGGUUUCAGGACCUGAUUUUAUUGGCUGUUGUUUCUCGAAGGUUCCUCAGGUGAAUGAUUAGCUGUUCACUAAUAAGCCAGGUAAUCUGUUCAGAGUCAAAUGGAGUUUAGCGCUGACAUUGAAACGCAUCUUCUCGGGGCUGUGCCUGACCUGGAUCGUGAUAACUACAAACUGAAGUCGUCAGACGUUGUACCCGAAACGGACAGUGGAAUAAUUUCAGUACAGCUUCUUGAAUUUAAGACGAGCCUCCUGGAAGCAGUGGAGGAACUGUACAUUCACAGGGAUGCUGAGACACGUCACGAGGCUCAGGUCUGUAAACUCGUCCUGGAGAAGCAAGAACUAGAGUGGCAGAAGGAGUCUUUACAAAAUCAAAUCAGCAGGAUGACAAACGAACGAUCCGAAUCCCUCACUGCUGUUAGAAAGCAGGCUCAGAUUCAAGGAAUAGAAGAAGAAAAGGGGAAACACCAACUGAGUGCUGAAUUAAAGGACAAAGAGAUUAGCAGCCUAAAGGAAGAGUUGAAGUCGCUGCAGUUGUCCAAGUACAGUUCGGAGAAGAAAUUAAGCGAGCUGGAGCAGAAGGUGCAGCUGCAGUCUCAGGUGAGGGACAGCCAUCUGAAUCAGCUGGGAGAGGUGGAGAAGCGUUUUAGGACGAUAUCAAGGCAGUGUGCCGUGGUCAGACAGGUGCAUGAGAAACUGGAGCAGAACGUCGAGGAGGCAAUGCGGAUUAACGAGAAAAUUGUGUCCAUCAACAAAAAACAAGAAUCUACAAUUGCUGCCCUGAAAAAGGAUGUGGAGAGGCUAAACAGUGAGCUGGUAAAAAGCAAAGUCGUGUCCAUCUGCAGAUCCGGAGACAAAAGUGCUUAUUGCCUCCUGAAAGCCCAGGAACUGCAGGAGCUUAAACACAGGCUGACUGUGGAGACUGAACUGAAUAAGAAGAUGAGAAAUGAAAUUGCUGUAGAAAGAGCAGAGAAGAAGGAGCUUAUGCACACCCUCCAACAUGCACAGGAGCUGCUACAGACCCAGACGCAGGCUGUGAGCCGAACUGAGCAACAGCUCCACAUACACACAGAGGAGUACCAGGUCCUUAAACGAGAACAUGAAAUGGUCCGAGAGAUGAGUAAAGAAAAAGAGGACAGACUUGUGCGCUUGAUCGACGACUACAAACGUACCAAAACGAUUUUGGAAGAAGAGAUAGAGACUCUUCAUGCAAAGAUGCAGGCAGACCAGGAAGAGCUGAAAGCUGUUAAAAAGUCAUGUGAUCAUCUUCAUGAGAAACACCAACAACGAUCCUCUCUUCUGGUACAUCAAGCAAGAGAAAUUCAUGGCUUGGAGAAGGAUGACUCUGACAUCCAAACAAAUUCUCCUACCAGCUUAAACUGUGAUAUUGAUGUAGACAGGGACACGUCUUUAGAUGGAGAAGCCUGUCAAGCCAGUCCUCGGAAUAACUGUGAGCAUAUGAGGCAUUGCAAAGAAGAUGAAGACAUUCCAGAUGAAAGGACUGCUGAGUGUCAAGAAGCGGCAAUAGGCGGAGAAAACGAUGAGGUUAAUGUUCGUUCACAGAUGGAUCGAACAACUCUGGCGCUUCUGCCUUCAGAAGGCCUUGAGGCUUUGGCUCCAGAUCAGUCAGAGACAAGUGAGAGAGUCGGUGGAACUGAUGUGACAAAUCAGCAGAUAGAUCCAGCUGUCAAACAAGAAGCUGGCGUCCGUGAAAGCGCCCCAGUGCUCAGAGUGUUUGCUAAUGGUUCCCCUUCAGACACAGUGCAAAGUUAUACAGAAAUCUGUCUCGCUAAGCUAUCAGAACCCCAAACCAGGUCUGUUUAUGGUGUGGCCAGUGACCCGGUGACGUCUGAACCCAGGGUUAUGCUAGCGGAGAUGAAUCUGUGUGUCUAUGAAAGACAAGAGUGCCAGACACCAGAUAAACACACAUCCGAGACAUCUCAGGACGGUGACUUGAAAGGAGUCGAGCUUCAAUUUGUAGCACCUGAGAUAAAUAAGGCUCCCUGUGCCUUAACAAAUAGUGAUAGUAAACCUCGCAUUGAAGAAGCAGUCAUUUUUGUGGAAGACAGUAAAGAACCAGGACAUGCAGAUAACAGGAGUCCUACAAAUUACGGACAAUCAGGCGUAGCGACUUCAAGUCCACAGCAGAGCAUCAUUCCUCAAGAGUCAGAAGUUUCUCAUGAAGAACUUUCUCUAAUACUAACCACUGCCUCCAUUUCUGACACAUCCUUUAGUCAAUUACAAGGAAGUCCUGACAUUUUGGAAGAUAUGGACAACCACACCAGCGUCACUAAGGCAAAAUGUAUCUCAGAAUCCAAGUCGAAUGCCGUUUCCUAUCCUGCCGAAUCUUCCUCUCAGAGCACUGUGUUUAUCAUGGCUAACAUUGCAGAAGAUCAAGAUGGAAAUAAAACAGACGAUGUCUGUACUUCUGCUUUAUCUGCGCAGAGCAACGUGCAAAAUGCAGAAGCAUCUCCAGAUCCACAGAUCUCAAACACACAGAAUGAUCCUGUGUUCAGCGAAGAAGCAAAUGAUGCAGAAGUGCAAAUUAGUGGCAUAGAACCUGAUAACAAUGAUGGAAGCCAUAGAUGUGGGUCAUCUCGUGUGUUGGACGCGCCUUUGAAAGAAACAACGGAUGCACAAAUGAAUGGUCCACAAAGUGCGGCAACGUUACAAACGAACAAACCCUUAGCACCCCUGAGAGUGUUCAUUUCUGAGCAGAAAUCUGUGCUGCCUUCUGGCUUCCAGGACCUUCUCAGAUCAUUGCGUGUCCCUGAUUUUCCAAAGUCCACACUGAAAAAGCGAGGCAGACCUCUCGACAAGGCGCACGUUUCAGACGUCCAUCCUGACCGAAAAAACAAUCACUGCAGGGAAUGGAACGCGAUAAAAGAAACGUUUUCUGAAAUCUCAGCUGAAAAGGAGAGCAGAAUUCCCAUCUCGUUUGGUUCAGCUCAGCCAGGCAGCCCAGCGGCGUGCUCUGUGGGUAAUGGACUGCGUCAGAAUUGCACUGUUACUCCCCCUCCCAGACUGCACAGCUUGGGAAAAGUGUCUCUGCCCGUGUGUGAGGAUCGAACGCCCACGCUUCUUGAGAAAGAGGACCUUCAGACGUCUGACAUCAGGUCCCAAAUCGCCAAGAUUGAGCAGCUCCUCUCUUCGGAAGGUCACAGACCUCAAAAAAGAUGUAGGGUAGAUGAGUUCUAGGUUUAGUUUAAAAGACUUAGAUUAAGUGCAUUGUCUUUAUAUUAACAUACGAGUUGUUCUAAAGCUUGGACAGGUUCUUUUUGGUUUGUUUGUUUGUUUGUUUGUUUGUUUGUUUGUUUGUUUGUGUCACAUGUAACAGAAACAUGUAUCAGAACUUUGUUAGAUAUAUCACAGCUAUCUCGAUCUUAAAUGUAUUGUUUUUUUCUUUAUGUGAAACACGGCCCAGAAAGAUGGGCUCUGUUCUUUCCCCUACUAAUACACAAGGUAAGCUGCUUCACAUAAAACAUGUUAAUUGCAGCUGUAAAGCCAAUUAACACUAAUUACUCCCUGGAUGGCCUGUCUUUUCCUCUGAGGACAUUCAAUUCAAUUUGCCAAACACAAACUGCCAACAACUAUAUCUUGUGUUAAUUAAAACAUUCGAGUACCAGGAAUCAAUUAAUGCACAUUAACCCAAAUUAGUAAAUGCAAAUGAUUCGUUAGGUUUAUGUUCUCAAUAAGGAGGUUGUUUAGAUCAUACGGACAUAUGUUAGGGCGAUACAGAUGACAAAACGUGUUGCCGCUCCUGGUCAAGUAGAGAGUUUAUGUUGUAGAACAGUCAGCAGAUGUUAAUGAGCUUUUCAAUCCAACUGAAAAAGCAGCAGGAUUAAAAUCUUACGUUGUUUACAUUA